GUGUAUAUUUUUUUUCCACGACAAGUGUACACGUCGCCGCCCGCUGAAAUUUUGCUCUUUAAAUACGAACGCAGGUCCGGGGCAGACAGGUAGUCGUUGGACAUCAACAGUUGUGGAGUCUACGCAUCAUCACUGCAAGUCGACAUUUUCGAUCAUUUAUUCAUUGAACCGGAAGUCGAUAUACAGAAUUAUAAUGAGUGGAUCCUUGACAAUUUUUGGUUUGGUGUGUUUGCAAAUAUUGCACGUAAUGUCAAUCAACGAAUACCCAGAGAAGAAAGUACAAAAUAUUUGGUUGACCGACAUGGACGAUAGACAACCCGCAUCCAGGAUCGAACGCAGUGAUCAGUUCGAAACGGCCAAUGAUGUCAUAAUGAAGGACGCAAGUGUGUACCCGAAGAUUACCCGCCGUGGGUUCGCCGGAGAGGAAUUUUUUUUAAAGGCAUCGAAGUCGGUGCCCAGGAUUGGUCGUAGGAAUAACGAUAUUCAAGAAUCGCCCAAAAGAUCGUUGAGUAAAGACCAAGUGAACAUGGUGGAAUAUUGGCCGUACUUGCAGCCAAACGACAUUAACGACAUAACCAGGAAACAUGACUUCGACUUGCCGUACAACUGCCAACAACUGGACGCCAAAUCCAUUUUUUUGGUGGAUAUGUAUAACUUCGUGUGCAACGAUCAGUUCUAUUGUUGUGCGCCAGCGAAACGCACCAUAGCCAAUUCUCCAAACGCGAAUACCUUGUGAAAACGCAAGCACUUAUUACCAUACUAUAAUAAUGCUAAUAAUAAUAUGUAGUCAGUCUUAGAUUAAUGGGGAAUAUGUUUUUGUUUAAAAUUAUAAUUAUUAUUCAUAUUAUUCAUCACUUAUUUUGAGUGAUUUUAUUUACAGUUGAUUGAAAAAUAAUCAACUGCCGGUAUAUUAAAAUUGAACGUGUGAAACGCGUGAUUAUUGUGUUGGUACGUUUUAAAAUUAAUGUAUUAAAUGGAUUUCUAAUAAAAAUGUCUUAUACUCAAUAAAAAAUGAUAUAUUAAUCUUUAA